AUUAAUUGGAAUUGUUGCGGAUCAGCAUCAGUUCAGCUUGUUCGUUGAAAAACUAUUCGACCGAUAUCAAGAUGAAGGUUAUUUUCGUGUUUGCUCUUGCUCUGGCACAAGUUCUUGCCGCUGACCUCCCAGGCACAGUGGAAAUUAGCAACCUGCCAGCUGACAUCCAAGGAGAAAUAGAGAUCUCCAACUUGCCCGCCAACAUCGAGUCUCAAGGAGAAAUUGAAAUUUCAAACCUGCCAUCUGACAUCGAAAGCGAAGUAGAAAUCUCCAACUUGCCAGCUGAAAUCGAAGCUGAAGGCAGCAUCGACAUCUCCAACUUGCCUGCUGACAUCGCAAGUGAAGUGGAAAUCUCCAACUUGCCUGCUGAAAUCGAAAGCGAAGUGGAAAUCUCCAACUUGCCUGCUGAAAUCGAAAACGAAGUGGAAAUCUCCAAUUUGCCCGCUGAAAUCGAAGGUGAAGGAAGCAUCGACAUUUCCAACUUGCCUGCAGAAAUCGAAUCUGGCGACAGCAUUGAUAUCUCCAACUUGCCCGCUGAAGUCGACGCUACUCCCACCUGUGUGAAAUAUGUCCGUGCCCUCCUCCAAGAAGUGCUCAACAGCUUGCCCGGAAGCGUAGAAGCCGCUCAACGCCCAACCGUUGAAGUUGAAACUGUCCCAACUCCCCAAGACGCUUGCACUUUGUGCUUCCAGAAAAUCCAGCUCUUGAUCGAGAAAUCCAACAGCAGAAGCAGCGCCUCUCUUACUUUCUAAAUUUCCGGCCCAGCUUCGUUGAUCAAUUGUUUUGCUGUUCAACGUUUGCGAAAAAAAUCAAAAAUGUCAACACUAAUUUUGAAUAAACAUGAUUAUUAACAA